AUAUCUGGAGUGUCCAUGGGACGGGCGUUGGAGACCCCAGCUCUAAAUCAGUCACCUCUCUCUUACCUGCCCUCCACCUGUCAAUUUUGCCCUCCCAAUUGGCGACCCACCACAGCCAAUCAGAUUUCAGCUCGCGCUCCAGUGAAACCAAUGAGGGCGCGGCUUUCGGCCGGCAGCUCGCUGGGAGGUCGGGAUAAAAACGUAGACAUGCUGGGUAGAAAAGUUACGGGAAGAGUGAGGAGAGCGGAGGGAGAGGGCCUGGAGAGGAGCCAGAGUGUAGCCGACCGACAAGCUAACAUGACGGACGCCGAGGCGCAGAGCGCUCCACCUCCGGCACCGGUGGAGAUCAAACCCCAGCCGGAGAGGAAAGUCAUAGCCUCAGCGGUUCAAGGAACAGUGAAGUGGUUUAACGUGCGUAAUGGCUAUGGCUUCAUAAACAGAAAUGACACUAAAGAAGAUGUUUUUGUUCAUCAGACUGCUAUCAAGAAGAACAAUCCCAGAAAGUUUCUUCGCAGUGUCGGUGAUGGAGAGGUUGUGGAGUUUGAUGUAAUUGAAGCAACUAAGGGCUCCGAGGCGGCCAAUGUGACUGGUCCUGGUGGUAUUCCGGUGAAAGGAAGCCGUUAUGCUCCCAACAAGCGCAGAUUCCGUAGACGGUUCUUCCCCCGCAGCUCUCACCCUGAUGACCAGAACAAGCCAGUGGAUGGCCAAGUCCCCGCUGCUGGUUCGGAGACUGACCGAUCAGGAGAAAAUCCCACAGGAAGGCAACAGCCGAGGCGUCAAAGGCCAAGACGACCACGACCAGAAGAGCAUAAUGGUGAUGAAGAGCAAAAAGAUGCCAUUGCAGAAGGAAACGGGCCUCAACAGCGACCACCGCGGCGCAGAUUCUGGCGUCCGUACCGCAGACCGUUCCGCCCUCGCCUGCCUCCUGAUCAGUCUGCAGGGGAUCAGAAGCCACCUGCUCCAUCAGAGAGCAAGGAGCAGGAACAGGGGAAGGAGGAGGUGAAGGUGGGGAAUCCGGAGAGCCCUCAGACCAAUGGAGAAGCAACAGAUGGCCAAGACCAGAAGCAACGCCGGCCAUCUCGACGACGCAGGCAAAGAGCCUCGGAGUCCUCCACUUCAAAGAAUGACACUGAGAAGUCUGCGUCGGAUCCCGGUACCCCACCUCAGACCUUAAAACCAACAGAGGUAAAACCUACAUCAAAGUCUCCAAAGUCUUCUCCAAAAGUGUCUCCUAAAACACCAAAAUCACCUGAGGUAGCCGCUCUAACAGCGGCAGCACCACCUCCAGAACCAGCUGAGUGACUUCAGGCAGAUGGUUACAUGACCCCCGGGCAGGAGACGGGACCCCCAGCUGCAGUUGAGCCACCCUGGUUUUAGCAGGGCGUGUGAUAAAGAACGGUUUGGGGUUACGGUCCCCGUGACUCGUUGGCUGUCUCCCUGAGGGCCUUGUGACGAACAUUAAAUUGGUUUAAGGUGGAAUGAUGGCAUUAAAGGGAUAUGGAAAGUAUUUUCAUGAAGUCUUUAAAGGCAUUUCUUAUGUUUGAACUUUAAAAAAAAAAAAAAAAGCUUUAUCUCAAACUGGAAACCAGGAUUUCAAACCAGUCUAAUUCUCGUUUACCUUCACGUAUUUUAUUUUUUUUUUUUUUGCUUUUUCGAUCCCUGUGCCUUUUUGUUUUCUGGUAAGUCCUGCUGUUAUCGGGCUGAACCUUUCAAAACACAUGCACUGCUCUCCCCUCCCUGCACACUCCUGUUGCUGUCUCCCCUCCGACCACCUCCCAUCUUCCCCUUCUAGUCCUGUUCUGUCCAGCUAGUGGUGUUUGGGAGAGUGGCGUGAAGGGUUACUGGUGGGUGUGUUUUUAGAAAUCUUGAAAAAGGGAAAGAAUGGACAAUCUGCAUUUUGGUCCCAUUAUUAAAACCCCUCUAAAGAACAAUUUCUUUUUUUGACCAUAUGGGGUACAUCAAGUAGCGUAGAGCAACCAUUCUUGGUGUGUUUAUUUUUUUUAUUUUAUAAAUCUUUUUUUUAAAUUUGGUUCGAGGGGAAAACUGAAGCAGCUGGUGGUGCAUAAUGGAAAUCCGUUAAGUUUGGUUGCCACCUGAAUCAGUCUACUCUUCAUCUCCUCAACUUGGGAAGGAUUGAUGGAAAACUUUCUUGAGUUGUAUUCACGCUUCUGUUUGGAGGGGAUUAUGUGCAAUGUACAAAUGUUGACAAAUAAAUCAUGUUGGCAAAUCUCA